AUGGGACCAGAUACCAUGAUCUUAGUUUUCUGAAUGUUGAGCUUUAAGCCAACUUUUUCACUCUUCUCUUUCACUUUCAUCAAGAGGCUCUUUAGUUCUUCUUCGCUUUCUGCCAUAAAGCGAAGGGUGCAUCCCAGCAGACAAUAGAUGCCCGUGUGGAGCCGUGGCAUCACAUCUCCAGGGAGGAGUAGGUCGGCUCUGCAGCCCUGCACGGAGACAGAAUAAGACAGUCCUGGGUCAAAGGAGAGGCUGCCUGGCGGUCACUGGACCCAGCUUGGGUGAUGUGUGUAGGCCAGAGGAGGCCACCAGGGGGCGGCAGAGGCCGAGGAGGGUCCCAGUGCCCUAGGAGGACAGAUUCUCAGAUCCCUCCCGCUUAUGGAGGAGAGAAUCCAGCUUUUGGAGGUCCAGCUAGGACUCAAACCCAGGGGCCAGAACCUCCAGAUGACAAAGUGUGGGUUUCUUGAGGGCAUGACCCAAGACAAGGGACUCCCCCUUCCUCUGUACCUCUGGUCUCAUUUGUGAGACAUGCCAGACACUACUUCCCCAGGUAGUCAUGUCCUUCCAUUUUUUGGGAACAUGGUCAUAGACAGCCCCUCUGCCAUGACCGCCAUUUUACACUUAAUGUCUGGCACAGAGUAGACUCUCAAUACAUGUUUGGUGAAGGAACCAAUGAAUACAUGAAGAAAUGAAUGAAUGAGGUACUUGUUCUGUGCCAGGCUUGUGUUACACAGGUUCAGUUUGUUCCUCUGAGGCAAGGGCUAUUUUAUGCCCAUUUACAGAUGGGGAAACUGAGGCCCAGAGAGACGCAAAGUCUCUCUCAAAUAUGGAUGGCAUUCAGGACUUGAAGGAACCUGUUGCCUUCCACUCAACUUAGCCUGAGGGCCGGGUUCGGUGAUGCCCUCCUGCUAGGCUCUAGAGAAAUGGAGAGGGUCAAAGUACCAAUUGAGGGAGGGGUUCAAGCAGAGCAAAUUUUCCCUAUGGGACCCUGCAACCUUGAAAGUAACCCCAGUUCUGUGGGUGAGUGAGCUCCCCUUAGCUCAGGGUACAAAAGCACAACAGGGAUCUGAAAGCUGGGCCACUGCUCCCAGCUGUAUGGCCUCAGUUUCCCCACCUGUCCAAGGGAGACAUUAACAGUUUAUGGUCAGCGGAAAGUGCCCCACAAAGCAGGGGGAAAGGGGGCAUUUGGGAGCCUCCCCCCAGCCCCCAGCAGCCACCUAAGUGUCCUGUCCACAGGGCGGAAAGGGUGCGGGUCCUGCCCUCCCCAGGUCUGGGGGCGGAGUCUCGCCGACCCGGAGCCCAAUAAAUCCGCCGCCCGCCGCCGGCGGGAGCUGCCCCUUUAAGCCCCACCGAGACCUCCUGCUGUCAGCCCUGAGCACAGCUCCCAAGGACGGGGACAGACGUCCGGGCGGGGGGACGUACCGCUUGCACCGGGCGCCUGGACGGAGCGAGAGACCAGGUGGACGGACAGACAGACGCGAAGACGAAGAGGGGUGACAGGGAGGCAGAGGAGCUGCGGCGAGGAGCCAGUUUUCUCGCCCAGGGAGCCCCGGGCCGCGGGGGCCCAAAGGGGACAGGCGCGCGGUGUCGCUGCCGCCGCUGAGCAUCCUGCUACCUGAGCGCUGUCUUGCCUCCUCGGCCGCUGCCAACUUCCCUCAGCCGAGACACGCGGGGUGGCUGGAAGAGGCCAAGGACGCGCCUGUCCCCUCCCGCGCACCUCAUGGCCACCGUCGAGGCAAAGGAGAGGGCCACGUUCGGAGCCUGGGACUACGGGGUCUUCGCCCUUAUGCUACUGGUGUCUACCGGCAUCGGGCUGUGGGUCGGGGUAGCGCGAGGCGGGCAGCGCAGCGCCGAGGACUUCUUCACCGGGGGUCGGCGCCUGUCCGCCCUGCCGGUGGGCCUCUCUCUGGCCGCCAGCUUCAUGUCGGCGGUCCAGGUGCUGGGGGUGCCAGCCGAGGCCUACCGCUAUGGCCUCAAGUUCCUCUGGAUGUGCCUGGGACAGCUGCUCAACUCUCUGCUCACUGCCCUGCUCUUCCUGCCGGUCUUCUACCGCCUGGGCCUCACCAGCACCUACGAGUACCUGGAGAUGCGCUUCAGCCGGGCUGUGCGGCUCUGCGGGACUCUGCAGUACCUGGUGGCUACAAUGCUGUACACCGGCAUAGUGAUCUACGCCCCCGCGCUCAUCCUGAACCAAGUGACAGGGCUGGACAUCUGGGCAUCGCUCCUGUCUACCGGAGUCAUCUGCACCUUCUACACUACUGUGGGCGGCAUGAAGGCUGUGAUCUGGACCGACGUAUUUCAGGUCUUAGUGAUGCUGAGUGGUUUCUGGGUUGUCCUGGCUCGUGGAACUGCGCUCGUGGGUGGACCUGGGCAAGUACUCGAGCUUGCCAAGAACCACUCCCGGAUCAACCUGAUGGACUUUGACCUGGACCCGAGGAGCCGCUACACAUUCUGGACUUUUGUUGUGGGUGGCACGUUGGUGUGGCUCUCCAUGUACGGGGUGAACCAAGCACAGGUGCAGCGCUACGUGGCCUGUCGCACGGAGAAGCAAGCCAAGCUGGCCGUGCUCAUCAACCAGCUGGGCCUGUUCCUGAUCGUGUCCAGCGCUGCCGCCUGUGGUGUUGUCAUGUUCACGUUCUACCUCGACUGUGACCCUCUCCUGGCGGGGCGCAUCUCUGCCCCAGACCAGUACAUGCCCCUGCUGGUGCUGGACAUCUUUGAGGACCUGCCUGGAGUCCCUGGGCUCUUUCUGGCCUGUGCCUACAGCGGCACCCUCAGCACUGCGUCCACCAGCAUCAAUGCCAUGGCUGCCGUCACUGUGGAAGAUCUCAUCAAACCUCGGCUGCCGAGCCUGGCCCCUCGGAGACUGGUCAUCAUCUCCAAGGGGCUCUCGCUCAUCUACGGCUCAGCUUGUCUCACCGUGGCGGCUCUGUCGUCCCUGCUGGGGGGCGGUGUCCUCCAGGGCUCCUUCACCGUCAUGGGAGUCAUCAGCGGCCCUCUCCUCGGAGCCUUCAUCCUGGGGAUGUUCGUCCCCACCUGCAACACACCGGGCGUCCUGUCCGGGCUGGCAGUGGGCUUGGCGCUGUCGCUGUGGGUGGCCGUGGGCGCCACUCUCUACCCGCCUAGCGCGCAGUCCAUGGGGGUCCUUCCAUCGUCAGCGUCCGGCUGUGCUGUGCCCUCAGCCAACGCCUCUGGUCUCCUGGACCCUCUUCUCACUGCCAACGCCUCCAGCAGGGUCUCCAGCUUGGAAAUGGACCCUGAUCAGCAAACCUUAGCUGACAACUUCUAUGCCAUUUCCUAUCUCUAUUACGGUGCCUUGGGCACACUGUGCACUGUGCUAUGUGGAGCCCUUGUCAGCUGCCUGACGGGCCCCACCAAGCGCAGUGCCCUGGGUCCCGGUCUGCUCUGGUGGGACCUCAUGCGGCAGACAGCAUCAGUGGCCCCCAAGGAAGAGGUGGCCACCCUGGAUGAUGGUUUGAUGAAGGGUGCUGAGGAGUUGCCCGCUGGAACCAAGAGGCCUUCUGACUUUCUGCCCACCGAUGAGGACCAUCUGCUUUACCUGGGUCAGAAGGAGGUGAAUGGAGCUGGUUCCAGGCCACCAGGCAGUGAACACGACAAAGGUCUUGACUUGAAGGAGACAGACCUCUGAACUAGUUGGGGACUGACCACCUGGGAUGGGACCUCAGGGGGCCCAUCCCAGACCAUGGGCCAAUGGCCUUGGGCUCUGAUUGGUUAGGUCACAUCAUAUGCAAAUAAACUUGGGGCUGCACAACCCCGCCCUAUGGGAAGAGGUGAAGCCCUGCUUCCAGAAGAUCAUCUGAUCCUGCCUCCUGCUUCCAACCAGCCCCAAGUCUUAGAUGCUAUACCCCUGCCCAUUCUCCCCAAACAGCCAGAGUUUUCUCUACCUAUAAGAGAAAGAGGUUGGAGUCCCCUCUGGACAACAUAGGAAACCCCCAGGCCCAACAUUGGAGUCUGAGAAAGACCCCAGGUCUUCCUGGGAGAUAUCUGAACCUUAACAAUGAUUUUGGAGGUCCUCAGGCCCAAAUUCCUGUAACUCACUUCACAGAUAGGGCAAUUGAGGCCCACAAAGGGCCACUGACUUGGCCAAGGUCACAGAACAAAACAGACUCAUUGAGAGCUGGAGGUCAACUCUCCCUCCUUCAUCUCCUCCUUGUUUUCCUCCCUUUGGCCUCUGAUCUUGGGAGCAGAAAGACAGGAGAAAGGAGAAAUAAGGUUGUCAGCCUUCCUGCUGUGCCUGGACACUUUUACCCAUCUCAUCCAUUAAGGACCAUGGACCAACUUUACAGAGGAAGAAACCGAGGCUCAGCAAGUCCAGUCAGGGAAGGGACAGGCCUGGGUGCUGCAUGAUACUGAGGCUCCAUCAAUGACAUGUCACUGGUGUACAGAGUAAGAUGGGCCAGGUGAGCUCACAUACCAGAGACGCGUCUGACUGUCUGGCCCGUGGUUGGAGUCUUCAUCCACACACAUCAAAUAAAUGGACUCUUGAUGUUCUGUCCUCUCUGAAAAAUCAUUCUGGCUGUUACCUUAAAUCUCCACAGUCAGAUCUGAGUGCAAAUCUCUGUAUCUCUUGCCUCGAGCCUGCAAAGAAUAAUCCUGAGUAUUUAAAAGCAUCAGAGCAAGGUGAUCACUCCUGUACCAGGGUGCCUUAUACUGUCCUUCCAGACACAUAGCUCCCUCUCCCCUCCUCACUCACUCCUGAAGCCUCCCCUCCUCACCCCAUCCAUGCAUCAGCCCUUUUCACUCCAUCCACGCAUCAGCUGCUAGGGUUUCUGAGAGCUGUCUGUACACACCUCUAUCCAUGCAGCUGACAUGGUUCCCAUGGCCUCCAGGGAACUAUGCUCUACUCACUUAGAAGUUGGGGCCCCUGUACCAGGUUCAGUAUGGUACCCUCAAAAUUCAUGUCUACCUGGAAAUUCAGAAUGUGAACUCCAUUAAAAAUAGGGUCUUGGCAGGUAUCCUUAAUCGAAUUAAGAUAAGGUCAUACUGGAUUGGGAUGGGCCCUAAAUCCAAUGACUGUGUCCUUAUUAGAAGAGGAGAAAAGACACAGACACACAGGGAGAAAAUCAUGAGGACACAGAGGCAGAGAUUAAUGUACCUAUAAGCCAAAGGAUGCCAAGGAUUCCUGGAGCCACCGGAAGCUGGGAGAGGGGUACAGGAGGGAUUCUCUCUUAGAGCCUUCAGAAGAAGCAUGGCCCUGCCAACAUCGUGAUUUCACACUUCAGGCUUCCAGUACUGCUUAAAAAAAGAUUAGUUUCUAUUGUUUUAAGUUGUGGCAGCCUCAGGAAAUGAAUACAUCCCUCCUGAUCUCUCAGCAGCCUGAAACUCUCUGCAGGCUGUUUUAUGGAUACCUUUAGAUUUGGACUUAAAAGUGACCAUCACAAAUUUUGAAUCCAUGACUGAAUAAAGUGGGACAGACUUUGGGCUCACUGAUGGUCCUUCCUCAAAGCAGAGCCUAGAUUUGGGGAGGGGCAGUGGUUGGGGCUAAGGCUGCCUGAUGCAGGCAGAACAAGCUGAUCUGGCUGCUGUUUUAGACAUCCAGCCAUGUUUUCCUGGGUAGUUCAUCCCUUAAUAUUGCCGAAUAAUACUUCACUGUAUGGAUGGACCACAGUUUGUUCAUUCAUUCACUCACAUUCAUAUUAUUUCCAGCUUUUAGCUAUUGCAAAUAAAGUUGCUGCUAAGAA